AUGAGGGAUUUCAGGUCGGACCGGUAUAGCAACAACCGCCUGAGGAGAGACUCUGUAGGGCAACCCGGAACAACCAACGCACAGGCUGUCAAUGCCGUAUUCCAAGAACCAGUACAUCGGGUGUUGGGAAAAAUCAAGAACGAGCCAUACUUUAGGUGGCCGAAUAAGAUGGCGAGAGAACCCUCGAGGUGCGAUCAGAACUUUUAUUGCCAAUACCACCAAGACCACGGGCAUACCACGGAGAACUGCAAGAACCUCUGGAACCACCUAGACCAGCUAGUCCGGGAGAGGAAGUUGAAGCACCUUCUAUAUCAUUCCAGUGGUCAUCAAUGCCAUCAAGAAGCCAGGAGGGAUGCUGCCCUAAGGCCAUCCGCAAGAACGAUCAAUGUAAUCGUGGCUGCGCCAGAGAGAACAGGUACGCGCCCUGCACGAGUGUUAUCGGUGGCUCAAUUGCCUGCCGAGGAGUCCCAGCCAGGGCCGAAGAGGGCCAGAAUGAACUUUCGUCCCGUCUUAAGUUUUUCAAAGGAAAACAAGAUCAGAACCAUCCAGCCCCACGACGAUGCGCUGCUGAUCACCCUCAGAAUCGAGGACUACGAUGUGAAAAGAGUGAUGGUGGAUGGCGGCAGUGCGGCCGAGGUUAUGUACCCCGACCUCUAUAAGGGGCUGGGGUUAAAACCAGAAGAUUUAAUGCCCUAUAACUCUCCUCUGAUGAGCUUUGACGGGAAGCUUGUCAUUCCAAAGGGCAUGAUUAAGCUGCCCAUUCAGACCGGCCCAGAGAUAGUGGAGGUGAACUUCAUCGUGAUGGACACCUACUCUCCCUAUACAGCCAUCGUCGGCAGGCCCUGGCUCCAUACCUUAGGGGCUGUUGCCUCCUCAUUGCAUCAGAAGGUGAAAUUCUCGUUAGGGGACCAAGUUCUUGAAAUCCGUGGUUGCCAACCCACGGCGAGGCAAUGCGUGGUAGCGGUCGUCUCACAUCGACUCAAUGCGGAGUCCUCGGCCUCCACUGAGAAGAAUUUAUAG